AUGAAUGUUUCAAGAGUUUUGCUAAAUAGCAGUAAAAUAUUAAAGAGAAAUGUUGAGUUUAAAGAAAUAUUUACGCCAAGAUGGUUUUUAGAGUCCCCUAAUUACAGUCGUAUGCCAUUAUGGCGACGAUUUUUUGAAGGACAAUAUACAAAUGGCUUAUUCUUAUUUUUUGGUAAUGCAUGGACAUCGAUGUUUGCCUUUGCUUUUUUUUUAUGGUAUUCUAGAAUAUUUGACCCCCCACCCUUAGAAAGAGUAGAUAGAUACUGGUUAAAUUCCCCAAAGUUUCGAAUAUUAUCAGCUUUUUAUAAUGAAGGCAAAAGACCAGGUGUUAAAAUUUCUUUGAUGACAUAUGAAGCUAGAUAUUUUUAUAGAGGAAUUGACCACCCAUUUACUAUUAAUGAAAUUAAAGAUUUAUGGUUUAAGUUAAAAGAAAAUUAUUUAAUAGAAAGUAUUCCAGCUAUUCAAUACCCCCAUGUUUUCAGACAAUACAACAAAGUUUCAACACCUGCAGAUUUGCAUGUACACCUUCAUUAG